CGAGGGUCUCAUUGAGGGUUUUAGCUUCAUCCGAAAUCAUCAAUUUACUCAUAAAGCUCAAUUGACAUAUACGUGGUAAAGGUAACAAGGCAUGCACGGCAUACAUAGACAACCGACUCAAUCCUUUUUGAAGGGCCCAAUACAGAUUAGCAGAGCUGGGAAUUAGUAUAUAAACCUCGGAGGUUGCCAAGCAUCAGUUAUCACAAAGCAACUAUCCUCCGAAAGAGCAACUUGUUUCAAUGAUCCUGAAUUUAGUUUCCCUCGUGUCGUUCGUUCUUGUUCUCCUAUGGAGCUCCGUUUCCGGCCUCAGUGUGGUGAAAUGUCGGGCAGGCAAUGACGGGGGCUGCAUCGGUUUCAGACGUCCCAACUCCCUGGAACAAACCAUGGCCACACCUCAUUCAAACUUGCCGAUGGCCGUCCAAAAGAAGAACACAGCCGAAGGGCUCACUCGAGAGGAAAUCCUAGACAUGAUAGAAAGGCUCAAGAGGUACAUUCCAGUAGAAGAGACCCGAACGCAUCGAGCGGAUCGGGAUUUUCAGUCCGAAACCGGGCCCACCCGGACCCAUAUGGACAACGAAUCAGGCGGGAUCUUGAACCAAUUCGUCCAAACUUUGCAAGCCGCCAAUAAUUAUGGCGCCAGAUUUCGUUCCAAGUACAACGGUCGAGGAGCGAACUUGGUCACCCUGAACCAUCUGAUUAGAGGCAUAUGAGAGAGAGUGCGAUGAUUUGUUCGAUAAUGAUAACUUUAUGAAAGUGUUUUUUUCACACCCAUGUGGUGUCCAUUGUUAUGAAUGGACGUUUUAUAUUCGGUUUAUCUCGGUCAUCGGGGAGGAUGGCCGGGAUAAGCUGACAGCCAAAAUGUAUGAGCAUGUGAAUUUCUUCAAACCGUGCAAACUGCAAUGUGUUAAUGCGUGUAGUAAAAAGUUUCCAGUACAUCGUCAGCCCUAUCAGCAAGAAUACAAUCACAUUGAUCAUUGA